AUCACUAUCAAUUAAUAUUUCCAUUUGUCCACAAUAUAUGACCUUUAAAAAAAUUUGGUAUUCAACGGUUGAAGAAGACGCACCCAACCAGAGGAAUGAACAACAGUUUGUCAGACUGCAAAAAAAAAAACAAAAAGCAUUUGAUCUCACAUUUCCGUACUAUCCCUAAACCCUAACCGUCACCGAUCUCAACAAUGGCGGUUCAAUCGCACCUUCUGCUCGAUUUCAGACCUCCGAUUUGAAAUGCAGCCUGUUAAUUCAUCAUCACCACCAUUGUUACCGUUGAUUCCAAUCGCUUUUAAUCAUGGAAGCUUAAUUCUUCAAGGUUUCGAGAUUUUUAGGUUUUCGUUCUUCGGUUCGAUUCUGUUUUCUCACGGCGGUGCCGCCGGCGGUAGCGGUGGUGGUAUGGAUUUGUCGAAGGUCGGUGAGAAGUUUCGUAGUUCAGUCCGUUCCGCCAGAUCCGUAGGGUUUCGUUCUUUUACGCUCGAUCGACCUGAGAUUCCAGCUCGGGCUGCAACUGCAGCAACUAUAGCCCGUGCACUUGCUUCAAUCCCUCCCAAUCAUAGACAAAGUCUCUCUUCAAGUUCUGAUGAACUGAGUUCAAUAUACGGAAGCACAUCUAGAGCUCAAGUAGUGGAGGAGCUUGAAGAAGAAUUUUAUGAAGAGAUGUUUGAUCCUGUUCGGCACACUUUAGAGAAUCUUUCGUCUGAAGAAAACGAGCUCACAUAUUUUGAAAAGAAGUUUUAUGUUAUUUACAGGCUGCUGUUAGGUUAUUACAGCUGGACAAAGUAACAGAAAUUUUGUCUCACCAAGUAAUGGAUCACCAUGAAGUAAUGGUGAAAGGAAUGCAUUUGGUAAAGGAGCUGGAGAAAGACAUGAAGAUUGCAAACAUCAUUUGCAUGAAUGGACGAAGACACUUAACUUCUUCAAGGAAUGAAGUAUCAAGGGAUCUUAUUGUAAACACAAAUUCUAGAAGGAAACAAGCUCUUCUGGACAUACUCCCAGUAUUAACAGAGCUUCGUCGUGCACAAGACAUGCAAGUAGCACUUGAAACCCAUGUCACUGAAGGGAACUUUUUUAAGGCAUUCCAGGUCUUGCCUGAGUAUCUUCAACUCCUAGAUGGUUUCUCAGGGCUUUUGGUCAUACAAGAGAUGAGUCGUGGUGUGGAGAUCUGGCUGGGAAAGGCUCUACAGAAAUUGGAUUCACUUUUACUGGGAGUGUGCAGAGACUUCAAAGAAACAAGCUUCUUAACCGUGGUUGAUGCUUAUGCAUUAAUUGGUGAUGUUUCUGGUCUUGCCGAAAAGAUACAAAGCUUCUUUAUGCAAGAAGUUAUAUCAGAAACCCAUUCGGUGCUCAAGAAUAUUGUGCUACAGGAUCUAGAAACUGAUGAAGUUCAAAACACUAGGCUUACAUAUAGUGAUCUAUGCACACGCGUACCUGAACCCAAGUUUAGAGAGUGUUUGUUGGCAACACUAUCUGUCCUCUUCAACUCGAUGUGCUUGUAUCAUGCAAUCAUGAGUUUCAAUUCAGAUCAUAAGGUUUCUUUGUGCCAUUUUUCACCUGCUGUGCAUGACGAAUCUGAAGGCAAUGUUUCCUCUAAGCAUGUCCAACAUGCUGACUCAUCAUCACAAAAUGGUUCUCUGCCUGAGCCGGUGGGCCAAGGGCCCAAUUCAGCUUCAGCACAAGAACCUACAACACAUGCCACCUCAUUUUCUGAUCCUUCGGGUUCAGAACCGAGAGAUGAUGGGAGUGCGGCUUCAAGCAGUGGGUCCUCUUGGUUUCAGCUUAGAAGUGACGCAACAACGUUUGUUUCACAAACAUUACAGAGGGGUCGUAGGAAUCUUUGGCAACUUGCAACAAGCCGUCUUUCUGUAUUGCUUUCGUCUGAUGCUGUUGGUUCUACUAGCAUUCAUCAGUUUUUAAAAAUUUAUGAAGAUCUCAAUGUUUUCAUCUUGGCUGGUGAAGCUUUCUGUGGGGCUGAAGCUGCCGAGUUUAGGCUCAAAGUGAAAGCUAUUUGUGAAAAUUACUAUGCUUCCUUUCACCGCCAAAAUAUAUAUGCACUAAAACUGGUUUUGGAAAAAGAGAGUUGGUUUACAAUUCCACCCGAGACAAUCCAGGUAGUUAGUUUUUCCGGUCUUGUUGGUGACGGGGUUGCAUUGGUUAUCCAAUCCGCUUCAAGAGAGUUGCAGUCUCAGAAAUCAGAUCUGAUGAAAAUUAGCCCCAAACAGACUGGAUUUUCCGAUUGGAUUAAUAGUGGAAAUCCAUUUUGUCCGAAAAUUGCUUCAAAGGAAUAUGAUGAUCCUUCUACAUAUGAAGAAACCAAUGAAAGUUACAAUGAAGCAUGUUACAAAAACAAGUCAUCACUUAAUAGUAACGGUCGUGUUGAUCCUGAAGAUGAAGAUGAAGAUCUUCUUGCAGAUUUUAUUGAUGAGGAUAGCCAAUUACCGAGCCGGAUAUCUAAGCCCAACCAUUCAAGAAAUCACUCUUCAUCAUGGAGUAUUGAAGAGAUGGAAGCACACACAGGAUCUUCAAUCUGUGCCCUUAGGUUGAUGGAUAAAUAUGCAAGACUAAUGCAAAGAUUGGACAUAAUUAACAUUGAGUUUGUCAAGGGUAUAUCCCAAUUUUUCGGGAUAUUUUUUCAUUUUGUUUUUGAAAGCUUUGGUCAGCAGAACACCAACCCUGGCGGUAAAGGAUUGAACGAUGCUCUUGGUUAUCAACUGAAAACAGCUUUAACCAGAAUACGGCGGGAUUGCGGUCAAUGGGUCAAAUCCUCAUCUCCAUUUUCUUCAUCUUUAUCUACACCCUUGAAUAUGCCGUUAUCUCAUACUGACAACAGGCUAAACGGUAUACCCAGUUCAAAUCUUAGUCAUGUGAGCAGCACCUCUUUCGGCCUCAAGGAAAGAUGUACAGGAGCUGACACAUUAUCUCUUGUUGCACGAUUAUUGCAAAAUUCCAAGGCACAUCUUCAUUCAGUUCUUCUGCAGAACAAUGCAGCAAUUGUUGACGACUUCUAUGCGCAUUUGGUUGGCUCAGUCCCAGAUCUUGUAGAACAAAUUCAUAGAACAACUGCAAGAUUACUUCUUCACAUUAGCGGGUAUGCUGAUCGAAUUGCGAAUGCUAAAUGGGAAGUUAAAGAGCUAGGAAUGGAACAUAACGGGUAUGUUGAUCUGUUAUUGGGAGAAUUUAAGCAUUACAAGACGAGGCUCGCUCAUGGAGGCAUUCGACAGGAGGUGCAAGAUACAUUAAUAGGGUAUGGACUUGAAAAUCUUUCUGAAACCAUUGUCGACGGCUUAUCACGAGUGAAGAGGUGUACUGAUGAGGGUCGAGCUCUAAUGUCAUUGGAUUUUCAGGUUUUGAUAACUGGCCUGCAGCAUUUUCUGACCAUUAAUGUAAAGCCGAAGUUACUACGAGUUGAAACGUUCAUCAAGGCGUUUUAUCUUCCAGAAACCGAAUACGUUCAUUGGGCUCGUGCUCAUCCCGAGUACACAAAAAGCCAAAUUAUGGGGCUAAUCAACCUUGUGGCCACCAUGAAAGGUUGGAAAAGAAAAACCAAACUGGAAGUGCUAGAAAAAAUAGAGUCAGCUUCAACUCUGUAGUUUUUUUUAUUUAAGUUUUUUUUUUUACCCGGUCAUCGAUAUUUUUCAGCUAUCAACCCUGUGAAUCAUACGUCUACCGGACCUAUAUAUAUUGAGGUUAGCUUCGGAAACGUGUCGUUUUUGUUUGCGUUUGUAAUUUAUUUUUAUGUUAUAUAUGGUGUGUUAAUUGAA